AUGUCGCGCUUUGUCUCGGGGGGAACUGUAGACAAACCUACUGAGCGAGACGAUGAAUGGCUGAAGGCACAGGAGACAAUUGAAGCUGCGCGACGGAAGAAGGAAGACGAAGCCAGACAGCACGGAGGAAAGAGCUUGUACGAGGUCCUUCAGGCUAAUAAAGAUGCGAAGCAGGAGGCCUUCGAAGAGGCAGCUAAACUCAAGAAUCAAUUCAGAUCUCUAGAUCAAGAUGAGGUCGAGUUUCUGGACACGGUGAUGGAAUCGACGAGGGCCAAGGAGGAGGCCGUGAAGAGGGAGACUGCCGAGCGACUCGAAGCCUUCAGGCGCCAGCAAGAGGAUACCGAGAAAGCUUCCCGUGGAGAUGCCCCUGAAGCGAGCAACCAAUCUGAAGCAGAUACUUGGGCCUUCAAUGCUCGCAAGCGAAAACGAACCCGAGACAAGGAAGCCAUUGCAGGUCUCAAGCUGCGCAAGAGCUCUUCAUCAAUGGCCCAGAUGACUUCUGACGCAGGACCAGCAGAAGCAGUAUCAGACGACCAAAUUCCGUCACUGUCGAGUCCCGCUCCUACACCUGCCAAUCAGCCGGUCAAAUCUGUGCAGCUACCCGUCGCGGGCGCACCAGCGACCGCUGCCGCUUCAUCAGCCCCGGCACCUGCUGCAGCACUUGGUCUCGCGGCCUACUCAUCCGACGACGACGAUUGA